AUGGGUGGUCAGCAACCUUUUGUGAUUCUUACAGAUGAAAAUGCAGCGAUGAAGGAAGCAAUAAGGAUUGUGUUUAACAAGACACAACACCGAAAUUGCCGAUGGCACAUAACCAGAACAUGGGAUUACGAACUCGAGGAGCUGUACAAAUUGCACAAUGAUAAUAAUCUAAAGGAGAAACUGCAGUCCCUGAUAAACUAUCCUCUGGGGCCCACACAAUUUGAGGUGGAGUGGAAUAAGCUGGUGGAUGAAUGUGGCAUAAGAGAACACCCUGCAAUUGUUGCAUUGUGGCAGAAAAGGAAGAGAUGGAUAGCAACAUAUUUCAAAGGCAUGUACUGUGGGCGAAUGACUUCCACCCAGAGAUCUGAGAGCCAAAACAGGGUUUUGAAAGAUGGUUAUGUUAACAAUGUGACAAGCCUGCAUAUAUUUGCAAAGAGGGUGCUUGACUCGAUUCAGCACACAGACCACAUGGAUGCUGGGGAAUCACACUACUCACAGACUGAAGUUGUCAGAGCCUGCAAAUCAAGAUUUGAUGAGCAACUCAGCAGGGUGUACACCAGGGCUGUGUACAAUGAAUACAAGAGGGAAUAUAUUAACAGCACAGCUUUUGUGAUAGAGCCUGAUCCGGGAGUGGAAUGCGGUUACUUGGUGAAACAUGAGAAAGGCGAUGGGACAUUUUGCUGGGCACAACACGCAUUCAAAGUGGUGGCUGACAAAGCAGCAGGCGUGUAUAAAUGUGAAUGCAUGCAGUGGGAGCAUACAGGUCUGUUCUGCAUGCACAUAAUAAAGGCAUUCACCCACCUCCAAGUCCAAAACAUACCUGAAAAGUACAUUCUGAAGCGAUAUACACGUAAUGCAAGAUCUGUGGUUCCGUGGGACCGGCACGAUGUGAGUGUUGGUGGUCAAAAUGAGACAGAGCAGUCAAGGUUGUCGAAGCUGCUGCCAAAGUUAAUGCGACUGGGAAGAGCGGGAAGCAAAUCUGAUAGAGCAUACACUGAAACUAUCAGGCACAUCGACAUGAUAACUCCUGGGAUUGAGCUUCUACGAACAGCGGAGAUUGGUCCGAUUGGUCCGGACGAAGCAACAAAUACUGAGUUGCAGCAAGAUGCAGAAGGACGGCGGAAUAUUGGUCCCAUUGCACCAACACAACAAAGUUCUGACAACAAUAUAGAACCUGUUGUGAUGCCAACUGGACCUACACCACCACCGGAAUCGGGCCUGAAUCCAGAUUCUGCAAACUGCCUCACUGAUCUAAGAUUGACUGAACCGCCAGUGUCGCGCAUGAAGGGUAGGAAGUCUGCCAGUGGGGCUAAAUGUGCUAAAAAUAGUGUAGAACCUGCUAAUCCAUACAGCACAUAUAGUGGUGGUCAGGCAUAA